GUCGAAUGGUGCCGUUGUGCUUCACAGGUUCUGCUCCAUGCCAAUUCCUUCUUUUAAGGAUUUACUUAUCUACUAAGUGUUUGAAAUUGACCACAAUUUAGAAUUUGUUCAGUAGAGGAGCAUAAUUAGCACCUAUGGCUGUAACCAACAUCCUCCGCCGCGCACUCCUCUAUGUGCCCGGUUCAAGCAAACGCAUGCUGGAUCGAGCCGCAACUAUGACCGUUGAUUGUGCCGCAUUCGACCUUGAGGACAGUGUAACUAUUUCUCAUAAAGACGAAGCUCGUGAACUGGUUAGACGUACGCUUGACCAUCCAAAGCCCCAUUCAAUCCACGAAACAGCAGUCCGAAUCAACUCAGUUGGAAGUGGAUUGGCAGAGAAAGACCUAACCUCGAUGCUGGACUCUCCAUAUCUCACCACAAUCGUGGUGCCGAAAGUCGACUCUGCUUCCGACCUUCGUUUUGUCCACGACAUGGUAAAGCACAGCAUAUCCACCACUAAGUCAUUCACCACGUCCUCUUCCCCGCGCCAACCGAUCUCCAUUCUCGCUUUAAUUGAAAGCGCAAAAUCAAUAACCAAUCUUUCUGAAAUUUGCACCGCAACGCCUCUGCUAUCAGGCCUCAUCUUUGCCGCUGAAGACUUCGCCCUUGACCUAAGCAUAACCCGAACACCAUCCCUCACAGAAUUCCUAUACGCGCGGUCCGCCAUAGUAACUGCCGCCCGUGCGCAUAAUAUUCCGUCCGUGAUUGAUCUAGUUUGCACAACUUAUGCCCGGAACCCUGAUACUGAUUCGGAGGCAUCCUCCAUCCUCAAGCAAGAAGCCCAGGACGGUAAGAGGCUUGGAUUUAACGGGAAGCAAUGUAUUCAUCCCUCACAGGUCGCGCCUGUGCAAGCGGUAUUUAGUCCCGAGCCGAAGGAGCUUGUGUGGGCGGUUCGAGUAUCUAUUGCAGAUGAGAAGGCCGCACGGCAAGGCAGGGGAGCCUGGACUCUGGAUGGGAAAAUGAUCGAUGCUCCUGUGGUGGGGAAGGCCAAAGCGAUUGUGAGGAAAGCCGAACAAUGUGGUAUGAAUGUUAAGGAUCUGAUUAGAGAGUGGCAUGACCAAGAGCCUGAGUAGAUUAGAUCUUUGGUCCCUUACAUGCUGUCAAUCACUCGCCCUGGGUGCUUGUACCCAGAGCCCUGUCACUCGGGGUUAUUUACUAACCAAUAUGUACCAGUACAUGGCGAAC